UUCUGCAGCCCCGAAUGGCGUCACCUGAUUGGCUCAGAGCCUAUCAAUCAUGCCUUUAGCCGCACCCCUCCCCCCAUUCAACCACUCGCCUCUCUGUUCCAGUGUGUUUACUACACUGCCGAGCAUAAGGGAGACACUCGUCUUCACAUGCACUGAACCCGCUAAGAAAAACAGUUUUUAGUUGUAUUUGUAAGAAAACCUCCAAGAGAUCAUCAUGCCCAAGAGAAAGAAUAAUACUGAAGAGAAGGAGGAGCCCCAGAGGAGAUCUCUUCGGUUAUCAGCGAAACCGGCCGCUCCCAAGCCAGAACCAAAGGUGAAGAAGGCAGCAAAGAAAGAAAAGGCUGUGAAUGACAAGAAAGAGGACAAGAAGACCAAGAAGGCAAAGGAGAACGCAGAAGCGGAGGCAAACGAGGAAAACCACUCUGAGAACGGAGAGGCCAAGACCAACGAGGUGGAGGCAGCCCCCGAGGAGGCCAAGGAGGAGGCCAAGUCAGAGUAGCACCACUGCCCAAGCUUCCUCCUCCUCUACAAUCCCUCCCCACCCUGAACCCCCCAACCAGCCAGCCAGCUCCCCCAAGUCUCUCACAUGGUUUCCCUCCAAGGCGUAUUGUUAACAGAGGAAUAUUUUUAUCAAUGAUUUUAUAAGUAUCCGUACAGAUUUUUAGCACAAAAAGCAAAGCUGAUUAUGGAGCGCCUUGCAGAUUUGCAGUGGUCAUAUCAAGUGUCUGCAAGCAAGAUGAACACACUAAAAUCUUUUUUAAAUGGCAUUUCAUGAUUAUUGAAGGCUUGUUUGGUGUAGAAAGUGCGUCCCUGCCGGAUUGGCUAUGUUGUGAGUUGUGUAUUCCUGUGUUUUCCCUCCUUCCCCUGAUCUUCCCCGCUCUCCUCCUCCUCCCCUCUUCUUCCUCCACAGAUUAGACCUUCCUCCCCCUCUAUAGUUCAGCCUUUAUCCAUGUUUUAUUAACGGUUCAGCCAUGUUAAUGUGGGUGAUUCUUUUAGACCUCUAAAUGUGCAGUGAGUUCCCUUUAGCUUCUGUCUCUCUUCUUGUUCUUUUUUUUUUUUUUUUUUUUUUUCAUUGAAAUCGUGUUUUAAGAAAAAAAAAAGCGUGUUGAAGCGUGUUGUCCAUAAGAAAGAGGAAGACGAACAUGUGAAACAUUCCGGGAACAGCGAUUGCCUCCGACCUGUCUCCUAGACGACCCUGCGUGUGAAACAGCUCCUGCUCCAUCCACGCUGUCACGUCAGCUUUUCUAAACACUCUGGUUUUUUUAAAACGAUUAAAUUUGGAAACCCUCUCUGACAAAUGCAGGUGUCUGGUCCCUCUCUUAUGUUCUGAAAUUCUCUUAAUAAAAACAAGUCCUGGGAAUUUUCCUCGA